UAAACAAGAUCAAUGCACAGAAGCCGCAGUGUGUCUCUGUCAGGAAAGGAAGUAGCUCUCUCAAGUGACUCUCGACCGCACAGUGUUUCGGAAAGAUAGUGACUGGGCAGUCCUACUUUAAGACUUACACCCCAGACUAAAAAAAAACGUUUAAAACCAGUGCUCUCUCAUAUCAGUUGGACGUAAAAACUGUAUGUAAUUUGAACCGGCGUCAUUUCAGACAAUAACAGGUAACACGUCUUAACUGUAGGCUACGUUGAUAAUAAAUUAUCUUUUGUCCUCGGUAAGAUGAACGUACUUCCAUCUGGAAGAAUGAGAUUCAUUGCAGUUGCUGUCAUACUUUGUGCUGGAUUUUUCUGGCCAACAGCCUUUGCCCAUCCUCUAUACACUUUAGGUUACAGAGUAAACAUUAUAUACAAUACAAGACGUUUGAAAGGGGGAGAAUGGACAAAACUCAUCCUGACCCAGCAUUGGCCACAGACAUUUUGCAGUGUGGAAAAAUGUACAACAAAUUUAAGCUUUUGGACUCUGCAUGGAUUAUGGCCCAACUCUGGCAUGAGGUGCAAUACAUCCUGGCACUUUAAUGCCAGUUUGAUUGAGGACUUAAUACCGGAGAUGAAAAAAUAUUGGCCAGAUCUGAGAGCACCUUCCUCCCCCCAAUUUUGGAAAUAUGAAUGGACAAAACAUGGAACCUGUGCUGCAAAAGCAGAGUCUCUGAACAGUCAACAUAAAUACUUCAGCAAAGCUCUUGAGCUGUACCACAAGUUUAACCUUACUAAUGUUUUAAAGAACAACAGAAUCAUGCCCUCUGAGCAGCACUACACACUGGAUGAGGUGGAGACAGCCAUUACUAGCUUCUACAAUGUGAAGACAAAGAUUCAGUGCGUCCAUCCAGGAAAGGGAGGCCAGGUUCAGAUUUUGGGCCAAAUAGAGAUCUGCGUUGACAGGGAUUUCCAGCUGAUCGACUGCGAAAAGUCAACCGAAGAAAUCUGGAGCAAUGACAUCCCCGCAGUGGCUGUCAGUGGCCAGUCAGAGCUCAGCGUGUGUGAUCACUCCAUGCCGGUCUAUUACCCCCCAGUGCCCAGCAGAUCAUAGAGGUGGGCAACCCCAGACCUCGUGUGCGAGUGUGGAAUCACUGAGCAUAACAAGACGAGAAUUCAUUCUGUCGAGUUUUUCAAACGCUGGAAAUCUUUCCUGUUUACACUAUCUUUUUAAAUAAUUGCACAUUAAAUUCCUUUGUUGUUUUAAAUGAUGAUGCUGGAACAAUCUAGUGAAGAUUUAAGUGCGUCACAGACUGCUGUAUUCUAUGGUUACUGGGUUCAUUUUUUAUUAAUCUUGUAGGUUUUACAGUCUUAUCUUACUGAGCCAUACUGCUGUAUUUUUUUCCUUUAUUUUUCGUCCUUGGGUGAAUUUCACAAAAACAUGU